AGCCCAUAAAAUUCACUUGCCACAUGACUUCCUUAUAAAUAAUAGCAAGUUAGGAAGCAAAAAAAAAAAACAAUAAUUUACAUAUAUUCAUGGCUUCAAUAUUCUUACAAGUUCUUGCACUACUUGUAGUGCUAUACAUUGUUCAAGAACUACUUAAUAAAUUCAUGAAAAAGAAGAAAAAACUUCCCCCUGGCCCAAAAGGGCUACCAAUUAUAGGAAAUCUUCAUAUGAUUGGCAAAAAUGUCCACCAAGAUCUUCAUAAAAUAGCUAAAAGAUAUGGUCCCAUAAUGAGCAUGAGAUUUGGUGUUGUUCCUAUAAUUGUUGCUUCAUCUCCUCAUGCUGCUGAACAAUUCUUGAAAAAACAUGAUCUUAUUUUUGCGAGUUGACCAGAUAAUAAAGUUGUUCAAUACAUCGCGCACAAUCAGAGAAAUCUGACGUUUUCAAAAUAUGGACCUUAUUGGCGAAAUAUGAGAAAAUUAUGCACGUUAGAAUUAGUUAGUAAUCUCAAGAUCAAUUCAUUUCAAGCCAUGAGAAAACAAGAAGUUGCAAAUUUCGUGACUUUUAUCAAUAGGGCAGCUUCUAGUGGUGUUGAAGUUGAUAUAAGUGCUAAACUUGCUUCUUUAAGUGCCAACAUGGCUUGUUUAAUGGUAUUUGGGAAAAAAUACAUGGAUGAUGAAUUUGAUGAAAGGGGUUUUAAAGAUGUGAUUGAAGAGACUGCAGUUGUAACAUCAACACCUAAUUUUUGUGAAUUUAUUCCAUUUCUUGAUGUGUUUGAUUUGCAGGGACUAACUCGUCGUUCGAAGGAAUUGGCAAAGAUUUUUGAUGAUUUUUUUGAGAGAGUUAUUGAUGAACAUGUUCAUGAUUCCAAAGAGGAGAAGCAAACAAAGGAUAUCGUAGAUACUAUGAUGAAUAUCAUGCAAUCUGGAAAAGCUGAGUUUGAGUUUGAUCGUCGCCAUGUCAAAGCUAUGUUACUGGAUAUGCUAAUAGCUUCAAUGGAUACCUCAUCAACAGCAAUUGACUGGAUUUUCUCUGAAAUUAUAAGACACCCAAAAGUAAUGAAGAAAUUACAAAAUGAGUUGGAACAAGUAGUUGGCUUAAAUAGAAUGGUGGAAGAAUCAGAUUUGGAAAAAUUAGAGUACUUAGACAUGGUCAUUAAAGAAGGCUUUAGGCUUCAUCCUGUUGCACCACUAUUGAUUCCUCAUGAAUCCAUUGAAGAUUGCACAAUUGAUGGCUUUGAUAUACCUAAAGGUUCAAGAAUUCUAGUAAAUACUUGGGCAAUCGGAAGAGAUCCAGAAGUUUGGCCAGAACCCGAGAAGUUUGUACCAGAAAGAUUUGUUGGUAGCAACAUUGAUCUUCGUGGACAUGAUUUUCAACUUUUGCCAUUUGGCUCUGGCAGAAGAAGUUGCCCUGGUAUACAAUUAGGGCUCAUAACCGUUCGCUUGGUUCUAGCACAAAUGGUUCACUGUUUUGAUUGGGAGCUACCAAAUGGUAUGACGCCAAAUGAUUUAGACAUGACUGAGAUAUUUGGUUUAACUAUGGGUAGAGCUCAACAUCUAAUGGCUAUUCCUACGUACCGGCUACUUGUAUAAUUGAUAUUAAGAAUAAUAAAUGAUCGAGUUGAACUGAGCCGAGUUAAACUUGAUGUAUGGUUGAUAUUAAGAAUAAUAAAUGAUCGAGUUGAACUGAGCCAAAUUAAACUUGGUUAAGAGAGGACUUGGCAUUAUGUCUUGUAUGCCUAGUGUAUCUAUGUUAUUCAACAUUUAUACACUUUAUAGUUAUAGGAGUGUUUAAAACUUAUUAGUAUUUGAUGUUUACAUAAAAUUCAUAAAUAUAUGAUAUGUGUUUUCCAUACAUAUUUAUUAUUUAAUUAUGGUUGACUGA